AUGUCUUCGUCUUCCAAGACUGCCCAUGUAGAGCAGUCAUCAGCAAGCAAACCCCCUUUCUUGACCCUGGGCAAGGUAAUGCCAGAGGCUCUACAGUUCUGGGAAAUGAGGUGCGCCCAGUUCUCCAUGCACAAGGGCAUCCCAGAGGCAGAUAUGGUCAAGAAGAUUGCCUGGGGUAUGCAAGAUCCAUGGAUCCAGGACUGGUACCUCACAAACCAAGAGGAGAUUGAUGCAAUAACGUUCAAAGAGUACAUGACUGAGGUCUGCAACAUUUGGUUGCCACUAGGCUGGGCAGAUAUUGUGAGACACAAGAUGUUAGCCUCUAUGCAGGGACAACACCCCUUCAAUGAGUGGGCCAUCAACGUCCAAAGCCAGAACACCCUCCUGCAUGGGACCACAUCUCAUCUUCCUGAUGUCAACAUCCUCUACCACCUCAAAUCACAUAUGAAUGCUGAGCUAGCCACAGACUACCACACAGAGAGCGUUGAAGAGGAGGACCUGUGUAAAUGGAUUGAAAGAGUACACAUCCUCAAUGAAAAAUGCUUGCGCUACCUAGCUAGGCAAAAGGAGGCCAUUGAGAUUGUGUUAUGUAUGGAACGUGUGCACUCAAAUGCUGACAAGAAACUGAGUACAAAUACUCAUUUCAGUUCAAAUAACAACACCACAACAAAGGGCUCUUCAAGUACGUUGAAACCUUUCACUCGUUUGCCUAGCCUAACCAACUCUGAAUGGCAACUAUUGCACGACAACGACAGAUGUUUCAAGUGCUGUGAGCCAUUCAUGGGACAUACUUCAUCUAACUGUACCAAAGGUUUUCCAGAUGGCGUAUUGUACAAGACCCUGACAUCCUCUUCAGUCACUGCUAAGAAGAUGAAAAAGGGUAAAGACGUCGUCACCACUGUAGAAGUUGAAGAGACUUGCUACACAGUCGCAGUCGUGAUGCUGUCUGCUGUGCUGGGAAAUGGCACUGAUUCGGGCGAAGAGUGCAUGGCUCUACUACAAACCCCCCAUCUUCGUUGGGACUGUCUCAUAGAUGGACCCGGUGUCUCUUCUCCUAUUAAUGUGUCUGUGCUUAUUGAUUAUGGCUCUUCUCUAGUUCUGAUUGGUGAAGAACUCGCCGACAAACUGGGACUACAUCGUCAACAACUUGCAAAGCCUCUACCUAUUUCUCUCACACUGUCCAAAGACAAGGACUCAUUUCUUCUUUUGCAAUAUGUUAAGCUCUCUUGUACUUCCCUGGACCAAGUUUAUACGUCAUGA